GACUUCCUCAUCACCGACGACUACUUCUUCAUCACUCACGACAACCAGUUCAUCAUCAACGACAACUUCCUCAUCACCAACAACCUCCUCGCCAUCGGACACCACAAGUACGCCACUCACCACUUCAAGUGCGCCUCCGGAGACAUCAACCUCAUCGUCAUCUCAGACUUCAUCGACGUUGCCUAACACACCGUCGUCAUCGGUCACACCGGUGCCAGUCGUGUUUGUGUGAUCCUUGCGUCUGCACGUAUCUACUGACGUAUCUUGUUCAUGCAUUGCAGUACAACGUUGGAAAGUACCUUGUUUAUAACUACGACGAAUGCUGAAGGACAGCCGACAACGACAGCGCCCUCUAUUGUCACAGAAGUUACCAUUUCCACAAACAGCGCAGGAGCUGCUACGACUGUCACAGUAGCAGUUGCAAACCCCACCCUUGCGCCCAACUAUGGGACAACAUCGGGUUCCGCGGAUACCGGCGCCGUAGUCGGUGUCUUUCUUGUAGUCGGUUUGGCCGCUGCGUCUAUCGUGCUCUGGAUCUUCUUUUUCAUCCGACGUAGGAGUCGUAUAAAUCGAAUUGACCAUGAGACCGAAGUCGAGGCGGCUGUUGCUGCCUCGGGCUUUGGUCGAGCUCCUUUGGAUGAUGACAAUGAUUACCGAGGUGCCCGGUCACCACAAUCAUAUUCUCUGUCUUCGGCACAGAUGGUGCAGCGUGGGAGCCCUGUUGGUUAUAUUCCUGACGGUUCUGGCCUACCCACUUCCACUUCCGGUCAGCCGGUUUCAGGAGGGCCUUUCGAUGACGACAAUGUCGCAUUCAAUCCCUACGCAGGUUACAUAGUCGAAGGUCCCCCAACAAGUGAAGGCUAUAUUCAAGCCCGCAGUGCUAGCCCUCCUCCAGGAACUGAGCGGCAAGGGCCUCCUAGUAGUUUAGGAUUGCAUGAGAUCAGUGAUUCUUCCCGGGAUCGGAAAAGCUCCUACGGUCAUACCCCUACGUACAGCGUUGCAAGCUACGAGCCGCUACUGGCUGCAUAUACGCAAGGAUCCUCUGCGGAGCGAGGUGUCAGCUCACCACCCACGCCGCCCCCAAGGAACCCAGCACGCCGUGCGCACCUCGACAGUGUCGCUUCCCGCCCUGUGAAUAAUUUAUCAGAUGGAGGUGCCGAUGACAGGUUGGAUCCUGAAAUUCGGAGGCGGACCAGGUCGGACAGCCUUGGCUCAGACGACCUCAAGGAUGAAGAAGACUACAGCCGACCAAUGCUCACCGUCCGCAAUAUGCCUGAUGGUCGCAGUAUAAAUUCUGCGCUGUGACAAACAUUGUGUUCGCGUUCGGGUCUUACUUCCCUGGGAUCUGACUGUUGUAUCCGAAAUAAUCUGGACUAUUUACUGAUUUGUUGAGCAGAUCAUAAUCAUCCUCAUCCUUUCUGACCCUCGUACGUACUGCAACCACAUUCUGUAUAUCACCACAAGCCAUGGACAUACACGGACGAAUGUUGCUCUCAAAAACUUCAUACUUAGUCUUCAAUC